GGCGUCACCACAGAAACAGAUUCUUGUUAGCUCAGCAUUAAGUCCAACCUCAAAAUUUCCUUUUUCCUGUCUAAUAAACAGACCAGUAUCAGAAUGAGGUUUUUUUUGUGUUGCCAUCGUUUUCACUGUGAUACAUCCAGAUGGUGAUAAAGACACGCUGAGAUGACAGCUCGCAGCUUCAACAUCUUCCUCAAACUCACAAUUUAUCUGGGCUUCAUCUUACAAUUGAGCCAUGGCUUUGAGGUGAUUCAGCCAAAGAGUCGGACCAUCAACCCCGACGGGUCAGUCACUGUCACCUGUGAACACACCGCGGAUGUCAAGACUGUCCAAGAUGUUGGACUCAGAGCCGCGUCACUGACAGACAGCUCAAAAAAACAACUGCUCUGCCGAAAGGGGAAGAAAGACUGUAAGAACAUUACCAUGCUUCAAGAGAAUCCCAACAAGUGGCAUUUCAUCAUGCUCCACAUUGGGCCACAGGCAAUGAACAUGAAGUAUGAGUGUGAGUUCACAGUAAAAAUCGGUGAUCUAGAUUACACCGAGACAGGAACACCAACCAUCCUGCUGCCAGGUCAAAAGGAAGGACCCUGCAUGAUUCACCCUACACUUCCUCCUGCGUCUCAUCAUCUCAGGUGGAUUCUGAUUGGUCUGCUGGCUCUGAUCGUUCUGUACAGCUGUGUCAUCAGCUCCUUGUACAUCAGUCUGAGGUGUUGCUACCAAGAGCCCGAGAACUGCACCUACGUAGAAAUGAGGAAAGCUCCUCAGCCAAGGAAUCCACCUGUGGACAUUUACUGUGGGUAGGGGGCUCGUCUUCCUCCCCCUCUGGUCUCAUGCUGAGUGUAAAGAAAGGGGACACAUGCAGCCGGUAUCAUAGUCUCAAUCUUCUUUUAUGAUUUGUUUUUUUUUAAAUGAGUUGAAAACUGUACUACUGAAGACAAACAGCAGGGUGAGACAAAGACUGUCUAGAGUGACCAUGUUGUACAUUAUGUGCACUUUGAUGUUAGCUGAUACAGUAUAUUGGAUACAACUGCAUAUGUGAGAUUUAUUAUUAAUUUAACCCUUUUCAAUCUGUGCUUUCAACAUUCACGUUAAUGGAAGCUGUGUAAUGCUUACACAGUGAUUUCAUUUACACGAUGCUUCAACUUUGGUGAGCUUUGACAAUUUUACACUAUAAAUAACUUUCUAUUGAACUAAAUGGUGUGUGUUGGUGAACAAGUGCCAGGGCAAAGUACACAUAAUAGUAGAGAGGAAAUAAGGAGAGGUUCCUAGAGACAUUGUGACACUUGAUCUUGCAAAAUUGAGGAAAAUACAAACGAUAAUUAAAGGUGAACACCAGGGAAAGAGAACAGGGGGCAGGGGAGAAGGGAGAUAAUGAAGUGAAUGAAAAACUGCUUUUCUAUGAACCCGCAUCCUGCCACACCCCAAACCUCCCCAAAUUGAUUUGUUUUUGUCCUGAUGCAUGCAAGUCCACAUCCCCUACAUUUACAUUAUACAUGAUAAUGUUACAAAAUGGUGUUCAUUUCCAUUGUAUAUUGCAUGUACUUUAUUUUUAAACUAUGUAAUUGCAAAGUUCACACUAUUGUUAAUAUUUUUCUUUAUAAUGAAAUACUUUUAAUGCCUGCUGCUUGUCCCAGGAAAGGUUUGGUGGGCCUCUGCCCAGUCUCUCGCAGCACCUUAGGGCUUUACUGGUGUGAAGGCAGACUUUCUUUUAAAAGGUUUCUUAAACACAAGUUCAUGAUUCCCAUUUAGAUCAGCAUUUACAGAAAGUGUGCUUGUUGAUUUGUUGAUUAUCAGUUACUAUUGUUAGUUUAAUAUGGCACUGUAAUUUUAAUUGGCUGAUUAUGUUGUUUUUCCUGUCUGUUUAGUUUUAGUUUUUAUUGAUAUAGUCAGAUUUUUUUGACUGCUGUCGGUUUCUGUGUGCACCUCAGGAAGACUAGCAACCACUUUGUGGAAGCUAAUUGGGAUCCAAGAAAAGAAUGAAGAAUUAAAGGCAUGUACAAAGCCUCAGUUUGAUUUAGACCUGUAGCCCUUUGCUGCAUGUCACCCCCCCC